AAUCUUAUUUUUGUUCUGUGUUUCGACUGUGAGUGUCGCUGUUGGUCGGUGGAAUCAAUAAUUUGUUGUGCUAUCAGCAGAGGGCCCUCCCAUAUUACUGUCUCUGUAAGGAGAACCAGGGCAUAGAGACUCAAAGGGCUCCACGAGCGUAGUUUCUUCGAACACCUCGCGCAGGUCUAACCUGGUCUGGUUUUUUAAAAUAGUAGCAUUACUUAGCGUCGCUGUGAUUAAUCCAACCGAGCGAGGAUAUAUGCAAGGUAGAAUUCUCGACUGAUCACGGAAAGAAGAGGAUUUAUUGUACACAAACAUGAGGUGGAAAUUUUUCUCGACACUAAAAUGGCAAGUACUGCUCAUAUGCGUUAUGUACUUCAGUCCCGCAAGCGGACAGAUUCGUUAUUCUAUUCCAGAGGAACAGAGGAAGGGGUCAUUUAUUGGUAAUAUAGCUCAGGACCUGGGCUUAGAUGCGAAAAGAUUGCAGGUAGGUCGGGCGCGUAUCGUUACUGGAGACAGCAUUCAAUACGCAGAGCUAAGGACAGACAAAGGGGUGUUGGUUGUCGGCGAGAGGAUAGACCGAGAGCAGCUUUGUGGCGAGAUUUCGCCAUGUAGCUUCAGUUUCGAAAUCAUUCUUGAAAAUCCGAUGGAACUGCACCGUGUCACUGUUGAAAUUUUGGAUGUAAACGACAAUUCUCCGACGUUUCCGAAAAAUGAAAUUCGAUUUGAAAUAAGCGAAUCGGCUGCGUUGGGUGCGCACUUCCUCUUGGGGAGCGCAGAGGACCCUGACGUUGGAGUAAACUCUCUUCAAAAUUAUAUUUUAACACCGACGGAUAAUUUCAUUCUGAAGCAGCACGCGAAUCCAGAUGGGGUUAAGCACGCAGAAAUGGUCCUUCAGAAGCCUUUGGACUGGGAGAAGCAACCUCGUCUUUCUCUAAAGUUAGUGGCUGUGGAUGGCGGCGACCCACAGAAAUCCGGUACAGUGAAUAUAGAGGUUACCGUUUUAGAUAUUAAUGACAAUGCACCCGUUUUUAACCAGUCGGUGUAUAGAGCGACUGUGCUUGAAAACGCGGCAAAGGGCACAUACAUCACAACGGUAAAUGCCAGUGAUGCAGAUAGCGGUUUAAAUGGAUUACUAACAUAUUCGUUUUCAAACCUUAAGGGGAAUAUGGCCAUAUUCGAUCUAAAUGAAAGCACUGGUGUGAUCUCAGUUGCAGGACAAAUCGACUACGAAAAAAUAAAAAAAUACGAAAUUAGAAUCGAAGCCAAAGAUCAAGGUGGUCUAGCAGAUUCCAGUAAGGUUGUUGUUGAAGUCAUCGACGUAAAUGAUAAUGCUCCUGUGAUAAAUAUCAUGUCAUUCUCUAGUCCGGUGUCUGAAGACGCUCCUCUGGGCACUACGAUUGCAAUUAUAAAUGCCAAAGACUCAGAUUCCGAAGGGAAUGGUCGAGUAACGUGCUCUAUUGACGGUAACCUCCCUUUUGAGAUUAAAUCUUCACUAACCAAUUAUUACACAUUGGUCAGCAACGCCGCCUUUGAUCGGGAAACCGUGCCAGAAUACAAUAUUACAGUAACUGCGACUGACUCCGGUUCGCCUCCUAUCUCGAGUACCAGAACCUUACAUCUUAAGGUGUCCGAUGUAAAUGACAAUGCUCCCGUCUUUGGACAGGGCGCAUAUUUUACUUAUGUCAUGGAAAAUAAUUCUCCUGGACUGUCUAUAUUUACAGUGACGGCUAUGGACUCCGACUGGAAUCAGAAUGCUCGAAUAUCUUAUAUCAUAGAAGAAACACAUAUCAGUGGAACCCCGAUAGCUUCUUAUUUCUCUAUUAACUCGGAAACCGGAGUUAUUUAUGCAGUACGAUCUUUUGAUUACGAGCAAGUGAAGCAGUUCAGAUUUCUAGUGAAAGCACAGGACGGAGGCUCACCCCCUUUGGCAAGUAAUGUUACCGUCACAGUUUUCAUUCAAGACCAGAAUGAUAACGCACCUCAGAUUCUAUAUCCGGUACAGACUGGGGUCUCACUGGUGGCUGAGAUGGUGCCUCGUUCAGCAGAUGUUGGAUAUCUUGUUACUAAAGUGGUCGCUGUUGAUGUGGAUUCCGGACAGAAUGCCUGGCUCUCAUAUAAACUGCUGAAAGCUACAGAUAGAGCGCUGUUUGAAGUUGGUUUACAGAACGGAGAAAUAAGAACUUUACGUCAGGUCACUGACAAAGAUGCUGUGAAACAAAGACUUACUGUUGUAGUGGAGGACAACGGGCAACCCCCACGCUCAGCUACAGUCAAUGUGAACGUGGCGGUGGCCGACAGCUUCCCGGAAGUGCUCUCCGAAUUUACAGAAUUUACGCAAGAGAAGGAUUACAAUGGAGACUUGACUUUCUAUUUAGUUUUGGCUUUGUCAGUAGUUUCCUUCCUUUUCAUUUCAUCUCUAGUCGUCAUAAUAUCGAUAAAAGUGUACCGAUGGAGACAAUCUCGCAUAUUCUAUCUCCAAUCUGCCAGUUAUUCCUUAUUAUCCACCCCGUUACGCAGACGUUGGGGGUACAGGAACUCUACCGCACGUGUUCAAUUACGAGGUGUGCAGAACAACUGACUCAAGAAAGAGUGACAUUAAGUACCUGAGACCCAUGAGUCAAAGCCUCACGAGUGUUGACAUAAAUGAUAUGGAGACAAUGCCGCAUGUUCAAAAGGAGCAGUCUCCAACCGGAGCAUCUUCA